CCCUUUGCUGUUGUGGAUGUUGCACUCAGAACUUUUGAGCUCACUGAGGAUACAAAAAUGCUGAUCUAAUUAGAUGGUUCAAUUAUGUAGUUCUGAAGGCAGAGAUGCUUUUCAGUAGUAAUUUGUAUGCCUUACAGUCUGUUCCUGUCAAAAGCAAUUAAUCAAGUAUAUUGUGCAUUAUCCUGACUUUUGCCGUUGGAAAGUAAAAUAUAAAAGAUAAAAAUACAUAGGCUAUGUAUAUAGGCCUAAUUAUACAUGGCCACUUCGAUGGUGGUGGAUGCUGUCUCUUAUCUGCAUUUCAUUGGUUGAUGUGGUGAAUCCCCGCCCCAUCUGAGCAACUGCUGGACGGCGUCGCAAGCUCAACGAAAUUCCGUUUCCGUGUUAUGUGUGUUCUUCGACAUUUUACAUUCAUUCAUUUAGUGUACACACUCAAAACAAACUCCGUGUAUUUCUACCAGAAUCAUGGCGACGCAAAGUUCACCCACAAGUAUAGGGAAAGAAGAGUCAUUGUCGCUCGUUGGCCACAGACAUGCUUGCCAUGUCAUGCUUUACGCUGACACUAAAGCCAAACUGUUUGGAAGAACUCCAAUUAAACACAUUGUACUGAUGCAGAUGCGUUUCGAUGGUUUGUUGGGGUUCCCGGGUGGGUUAGUGGAAUCUAAAGAGAAUCUAGAGGCUGGCCUUAGCCGGGAGCUGGGAGAGGAACUGGGGAUGGCUGUCCCCAUAACUCCUCAAGAUCAUGUGGUGUCUUGUCCCGCUCCGUCUUGUCCCAAUCUCAUCACUCACUUUUAUGUGAAAAAGAUGGAAGAGUCAGAGAUCAAGGAAGUGGAGAGAGCUGCUGUAACUAUGGCAACAGACCAUGGAUUAGAGGUCAUGGGGAUGGUCCGAGUCCCCCUCUACUUCCUGAAGAAUGGUGGAGGUCUCCCCUCAUUCCUGUCACACUCAUUCAUCAGUAACUCUCGCUCCCAGCUGCUGUCUGCCCUGCAGCAGUUUGGCCUGGUGUCCCAGAGGGAGCUGGACGAGGCCGUCAGACAGGCUGACCAGCUGAGGCAGCGUCCUAAUGCGCAGUGAUGGGGAGGGGUUGGUGUGUCUGCUGUCUGCCCUGUACGCCUGUGAGUUCACAGGAGGAGAUCUGAUUCCUCCAUUCUCCAUAGGAGAGACACCUGGCGUCACACUCGGCCUCGGGGUUCCCCAUGGGCCCUGUCACCCCAUCUCUGCUUCUGCGUCUCUCUCCCAGGGGGCAUGUGAAUGACAGUGUCACACGUGGCAUGUGUAGCAGCUUGUAACAUGUUCUGUACAUGUCCUUUAGCCAUGUGUCAUCAUGACAUGGGCUGACAGACACUUGCAGACAUGACUCUUUGACAUCAGCAGAGGAUGGCAACAUCACCAUGGUCUGCACAGGAGAGCAUGCACAAGUUUAUUUGGUGCUUGUUUUUUUUUUUUGGUGGCAAAUGGUGACACAUGAAUGUCCAGAAUUAUGAAUGUAUGGCAGAUGAUAUAGAGAUGUCCAAAAUGUGCUCUUUCU